CAGAGGUGGCGGUGGGGGAAUAACACGAGUCCCGGAGUCCCUUCCGCGUGAGGAAUAUAUUUUCAGUUGUGCCGAGAUCGGUAACGCGGUUUGUCGCGUUUUUUAGUUUACCUUUUUUUAAACCCUCGGUCUAUAUUGUCAUCACAGACUUGGCCCAACGUGCCAAACGGAGAAGCCAGCCACGCGACCUCGUCAUACGCACCGUGGUGUCGUAUAGUGUCCGACGGUUAAACUCGCUGAUUAUCCACUUAAUAACUUGUGCGAAUUUAUUAAAAACAACUUUGUUGAUUUUCACAUAAUUUGGAUUAAUUAUGGAUUUAGACUCAGUUUAUCAAAAAUACAUUUCUUGUAUCCUGGAAGAUGUCCGAGCUAUCCAUGGCAAAGAAAUGGUAGCCACUGGAAGUCCAUCGGUAUUCUGUUCAGUUUUGCCCGGCCAUUGGCGAUCGAACAAGUCACUUCCCAUACCAUUCAAAGUGGUCGUACUCGAUGAAGUUCCUGACGGUGCCGUUGUGGUCGUUCAAGCUGGAAACGAUGAAAACCCAUCUGCCGACAUGCGGAAUUACCGUGCCCUUUCUGCUACCGGUGUAGCCGUUUUCAACGACCUCCGUUUUGUCGGUCGCAGUGGAAGAGGAAAACUUCUGACCCUUACCAUUACCGUUCAAUGCAAAGAUCAAGUGGUGCUCGUAGCUAACUACGUCAAAGCCAUUAAGAUCACCGUCGACGGACCGAGACUGCCUCGCUCAAAUCACAGAGAUGUCAUUCACGGUUAUGGAGGCAUGUUUCCCAUGCACGGCCCCCUACCGUCUUACGGCAUGAUUAUGGAAUACAAGAGGCUUCUAGAAGGUGCCGCGAUACCCGGGUCGUUAAACUACCAGUACAUCGCGGCCAAUUACUUCCAACUUCACAACGCUAUGGAAGCAUCGCAAAUGUAUUGUGAUUUGCCACCACAGUCGGCGUUCAAUUUUGCCGGUUACACUCACAGUAGCCUACCUCCAACACCACCACACACCGAAGAAGAAUCUGCACCUCCUUCCUUAAAAGACGACCAUCUUGUAGUUCCUACGAAGAGGUCACCUUGCAGUGUCGGCGAGACGAUGGAAAAAAGACCUAAACGUGAGGUGACAUCUAGUCCUGACAUUGACAUUGUCAACGUAGCAGUUCGAUCGUCAAGUCCCGACAGCCUCAAGCCUAGACAAGAGAAAAUUUGGAGGCCUUACGGAGCAACGGACGAUUAACGUUUUACAAGAUAGACACAUUUGUACAAAGAUGUUUUGUUUCAUAAAUCAAAUAAGUUUUAAAGACAAUCAUCGAAGCAUUUUGGUUAUAAUAAAAUAUUGUGAUACUAGUUUUAAGCAUAUCUAUAUAAUAUUAAAUCAGUUAUAAUUGCAUCGUACUGUAAAAUGUAUUAAUUGUUACACCGGAGGCCUUUAUUUUUUAUUUUUAAAAGUAUAUAUGUUUACAGUUGUUCCCUUGUGUACAAAUCAAUACAAAAGCCCAUAGACGAUACGACUAUUUCGUAAAACCAAAGUAUGUUUUUUGCCCGUCUAGAAAAAAAUAAAAAUAAUUAAAAAUUAGUUUGUAUAGACACCGGGCCGUUUUUGUGAUAUGUAUUUAUAUUAUUAUUAUUAUGUAUAGUCUGUUAUUAGUGUAAUUACAUGUGUGAAUUUUGUUAAGAAUAAAAAGUAUAAAUUUAUAAAAAUAUAUAAACAGUA